GAUAAUACCCACUUAUCCUCCAUAACUUAUGAGUUAUCCUUUCCAUAUUAUAAGAAAUAACAGGAACAUCCAGCUCUUUCUUUAAUCACAGACGAGUAGUCAUUUGUGUGCAGUGUCCUGUGUGUCUGGCUCCUAGUUGGCACAUAGACGCAGUAUGCACACUAUGUACUCAGCAUGCCAAGUUGGGACAGGCACUGCAUUGCAGCGCUGUGCAUUUGCCCAAGUCUUGGCACACAGGCUGUCUGAUCACACAGUGUAGAUCAUCUACUGUAAAGAACAUAAGUCGACAGUAUUAUACCAUAGUGUGCGUGACAACCCGUAUGCCGGAGCUCUUCAUCUGUCCUCUGUAUUUUAGACGGUCUCAGUAACAAUGAAUCUUCCGUCUUAUUAAUCUCUGAAACAGAUGAGGUAUGUAAUACAUGUCUCCAUUUCCCAGCUCUAUAGUACACAGUCACCCUCUGCAGGGCAGUUAUCCGCAUUAGCUCUCUCUAUGUCCUUAAAUGACUCCUCCUCUCCGUCUCACACCCUCCCUUCCUCUGUCUGUGUCUAUAGCCUACCCCCCUUUCCCUGUGACACAUACGCUAGACGUUGCAUUGAUUGUGCAUAGAGAACCUCACCCUCUUCUACCACCUCAGUCUCGAAUGGAGAAGGAGAGAAUUGGAGUGCUUCUGUUCUUUCUGAUGCCCUUUCAGCCGGUCCUGUCUCCAGUGAAGACCUGCUCUCAUCAUAAUGUCCCAGCUCCUGCAUGUGGAGAUCCCCAACUUUGGAAGCUCUGUGCUGGAGAGUCUGAACGAGCAGCGCCUGCAGGGCCAGUACUGUGAUGUAGCCGUCAUGGUCAACGGCCAGUCCUUUAAGGCCCACCGCGCCGUGCUGGCCGCCAGCAGCCUCUACUUCAGAGACCUGUUCAGUGGCAGCUCUCAGGGCAUGUUUGAACUACCCUCCUCGGUCACCCCGUCCUGCUUCCAGCAGAUCCUCUCCUUCUGCUACACGGGCAGGCUGACCAUGGCCGCCAGCGAACAGCUCGUGCUCAUGUACACGGCCGGCUACCUCCAGAUCCAGAACAUUGUGGAGCGCAGGAUGAAUCUCAUGCUAAAGGCCAACUCUCCACACUGCGAUUCCCAGACGGCCACCACCGAGGAUCUGGGCUUCGAACCGUCAAGCCCCAACUACAACCAUCCGGCCCUGUUGCCAGGCGACACACUAAUGGCCACUUGUAGGAUUAAGCAGGAAAGAUGUGAGUCCCCAAUGAGUGAGGAGCACACAGCUAAGGGCCUCAAGGGCUACGCCACAAGGAGCAGUGCGCAAUGUUACAUGAGGGCAGGAGGGAGUGGUAUUGUACCCGGAGUACAGUCGUACCCUAUGGCCUCUGGUGAGCGCUCUAGCCCAGGGGCCUCCAGCCUCCCAGCCACUGACAGCCCCAAUUCCCACCCCAACGAGGAGGAGUUUGAAGAGGAGUUCUACGGCAGCAGCAAUACAAACGGGGUUUAUGGGCAGAAUUAUGGGCACCCAACCAACUCCUACAGCAUGCAGGAUAAGUUGGACGUGUUGUCCCUACCUCUGGCCACUGAGAGGCGCUGUGUGCUGAUCGGCAGGGACACGAUGGCGCUGCCACCCAGUCUCAUCAGCCAGAUUGGCUACCGCUGCCAUCCCACCCUGUACACAGAAGGGGAUCCCGGGGAGAAGGUGGAGCUGGUGGGAGGUUCUGGUGUAUAUAUGACUCGUGGCCAGUUGAUGAACUGUCAUUUGUGUGCCGGCAUUAAGCACAAAGUCCUGCUGCGUCGGCUGCUCGCCACCUUCUUUGACAGAAACACACUGGCCAAUAGCUGUGGAACUGGAAUUCGCUCCUCCACCAAUGAUCCCAGCCGAAAACCGUUGGACAACCGAGUCCUAAACACUGUCAAACUCUACUGCCAGAACUUUGCACCUAAUUUCAAAGAGAGUGAGAUGAACGUGAUUGCAGCCGACAUGUGCACAAACGCCCGGCGUGUGCGAAAGCGCUGGCUGCCCAAGAUCCAGUCCAUGCUCCCAGAGACCAAGGAGAGCAGCAGAAGCUCCUGCAAGGGGCAGUCCAGGGCCUGUGCGUCAUCCCAGACAAGUGUGCUGUCGUCGGCCUUGCCCUUUGAAAUGGACUUCAGACACCUGACGUCGUCCUACCUGACCCUAGAACAGCAGCUCUACGCCGAGAGCCGCAAAGAGACUCUCCUACCUCACCUGCAGUUUGUGGGAACCACCAGGUCAGAGGAGGGGGCUGCAGCAGCAGAGCUGGCUGAGUCCGAGACAGAGCAUGGGCCUGAGCGAGGAGGACGAGGAGCCCAGGCGGGCCAAGGAACUGAACGCCUCUCUGAGUGCUUGGAGAGAGCAGCUGAGGUCCCCUCCCUCAGCACACAGGGUAAGGCUGGGGCCGGGGGCUCCCCCUCCUCCAAACACACAGGACAGCAGGAGGACAAGUUGCUAGAAGAUGACCAGUGAGGUCCUAACAUCCCUCUUCUCCACCAAUCUAUAUAUGUCUAUGUAUGUGUAUUUAAGCUUUGGCUACUCAACUGCAUGUAACAUCGCAGAAAUUGCAGAAAAAAUGAAAUGCAGUAUAAUAAUUCCUUGAAGGAGAAGAGAAGAAUUGCUACUACUGUGGCACCUUGAUGGACUCGCUGAUAGAUAAGGUGGGUGAACAGACAUGGGGCGAAUGAGGAAAAAUGUUGAGUUUUUAGUUGUCGUUUGUACUCUUGUAAAGCCUACAAGACCAGAGGUCUAGGAUUGUCUUUUAUGUGCAUUUCCCCUCUACUACACCACUGGUCAUAAUGUACGACUCACUACUUCUACCAAAAGUUCGGUACCACUUUAUUUUACAGUACAGAAAUUACCUGGUAUUUUACAUAGAAAUAGAAAUACAUAGAAAUUGCAUUGUAAAAUGCAAUUAAACAAUUAUAAUAACCUAUAACCGACAUUUGUUUAUUUGAGGCUCAAUGCAAGUAGCACCACUCAGCACCAUUUGGUACCAGGUAGUUACCAAUAGUUUAAAGGUCUUUGAAGUAAGUAGCAGAAAGUACCCAUUAAUACCUCACAAUUUCCUAGAAAAUACCAAGCAAUUUCUCUUCCUUAAAAUAAAGUGCAACAAACACUUCUUUAUUGAAUUCUGUUUUCUAAUUGUUCUGCUUCCACCUAAUUACCUCUAAUGUGACAUUAUGUUCAUCUAUAUAAUCAACUGUUGGCACUGAAUAAGACAAACAUUACCAAUAACAAAAUGAGGAGGCCACAUAAUAUUGCUUCUAUAUUCCUUUAUUUUAAUCAGCUUCAAACUGUCGGUCCACUGCGAUGCAUUGAAGGUAUAGCCCCAGUGAGAUUGAUCUGUUCUUUACCUUAUAUCCAGUACUGUUUUGAUAUUACUGAUUGGAAUAUGUUGAAAGAUUCAUCCACCCAGGACUCAUCCAUCAACAUUGAGGAAUAUACACCAUCAAUCAGAGGCUUCAUUAGGAAAUGUGUUGAUAUUGUUCCCACAAUAGCAAUCCGGACAUGGCCCAACUAAAAACCCUGGAUCAACAGAGAUCUCCGUACCAUGCUCAGAGCCCAUACUGCAGCAUUCAAUGUCAGCAGAACGGACCCUGAUGACUCGGUGGGGCGCGAUGCGUACAAGGCAAGCAGUUACGAGCUCCUCAUCCAUAAGUGACGCAAAAAGACCGUGCAGACUCAAACUUUAAUUGAUGUUUGACAACCUAGACUCGCGACACGUGGCAAGGACUACAGACUACAAAGGCAAAUCUAGCUGUGUGGUGCCCACCGAAGCCUCCCUCCCAGAUGAGCUUAACACAUUCUAUGGUCGCUUCGAGGCAGACAAUACCGAGCCAUCCAGGAAGACACUCGCUGCUCCGGACAACCAAGUGCUUUCACUCUGAGGCUGACGUGAAGAAAACUCUCAAAAGAGUGAAUACUCACAAAACCGCCAGACCAGUUGGCAUCCCUGGCCACAUUCUCAGAGUGUGUGCUGACCAGCUGGUGAGCGUCUUCUCAGAUAUCUUCAACCUCUCCCUGGCUGUAGUCCUCACCUGCUUCAAGGAGACUACCAUUGUCUCAGUGCCCACGAAAAACAAGGUGACAUUCCCAAAUGACUACCGACCAGUCUCACUCACCCCAGUCAUCAUGAAGUGCCUCGAGAGGCUGGUCAUGGCCCACAUCAAGGCCAGCAUGCCAGGCACACUGGACCCACGCCAAUUAUCCUACCGCUCCAACAGAUCCAUGGAAGAUCCCAUUUCCAUCGCUAUUCACACGGCCCUAACACAUCAGGACAAGAGGAACACCUAUGUGAGAAUCCUGUUCAUUGACUACAGUUCAGCAUUCAACACUAUUGUUCCCUCAAAGCUUGACACCAAGCUCAGAGCACUGGGUCUGGGCAGCACCAUCUGCAACUGGGUCCUGGUCUUCCUGACGGGCAGACCACAGGAACAACACCACUUCUAUACUAACUCUUAACACAGGGGACCCUCUGGGGUAUCUCCUCAGCCCUCUGCUGUACUCCCUAUUCACCCAUGACUGCGUGGCUUUGCAUGACACCAACUCCAUCAAGUUUGCUCACGACACCACAAUUGUAGGCCUGGUAACCAACAAUGACGUGUCAGUCUAUAGGGAGGUUGUAAGUAAACCGGCAUUGUGGUGCUCCCAAUUCAACUGUGGGAGCAUGGCGGCUCUCAACACCAGGCAACAAAAAGAGCUGGCCACUACUAUAUGAGAGAUUGUUUGUGAGGAGAUUACCUCUGCCCUCGUCUUACAAUUAAAACCGAUAAUUGAAUCAUUGGCUGUGCUCACUGCUAACGUGGAUACCUAUUCUAAAGUGGAAAGCCUGGAGAAGGCAACCAAUGCGACAGAGGUGUGACUCCAUGACCUGGAAACAGCGCAAGCUAAGUUGGAAGGGAUAAUCAAACUCCUGUAAAUUCAAUGUGCAGGUCACAGGACUUGAAACUGGUGUGGAGGCGGGCAACCCAACUUCCUUCGUGAGCAAAAUCUUUUCUAUGAGCUGUUCGGGCGGGAGGUCCCAUGUCGCUGAUUAACAGUGAGCACUGCAGCGGUCAACUCCAACGGCUCUCACUGUAUGAUUGUACGGAUCCACAGCUUUGAAGUAAAGCGGAGAAUUGUUCACCUUGUAGUGUAAUCUGGGGGUUUGACUAUGCAGGGAAGAGGAUCAACAUCUACCCAGACCUGAGUGCCAAAAUGCUAAAACACAGGGAAACCUACGACAAGGUGCGAUAUCAGCUACGCAAGCUAAACCUGAGAUUCGGCUUCAUCCACUCGACAAAACUCCUCUUGACCUUCCAGAACACCACACACAUGUUUUCCACUGCCAAGGAAGCUCAAGACUUCUUCAAGAAGCACAUCAAACCCAACACACAACGGGACAAGCCAACAGAAGGAACCUCAUGACUGGCACAUUUUUUAAGGUAUGCUAUCCAUGCACAAUCACGCGGCCUAGCCUAUGGCUAUAAUGCUGCCCUCAGCAUAAGACAAUGAUGACACCCCCUAAUGUUUGGGUACAAGGAACAAUAAUAAUAUUAUUGCUGAGCAUUAAACUUGUUAUAAGUAUAUUGCCUAUGGUCCUGGACAUUUACACAGUAAUGGCACCACACCAAUUAAUGAGCAAUGGACAAUAUAGUUAUAUAUAGUCAAGUAGUUUAAGUUAGUAGCUAUUCCCCUACUAUUUUAUGUUUCAUUUUGUAUAGAUGUUUUGCUACUGCCAAGGAGAGAUGGCCAGUCCAAUACGGGCUACUACUAUACAAUAGCUGUUUUGUUUUUGCUUUUUUUCCUUCUUGUUGAUUCCUUUCCCCCUCUAUUUAGGCACUAAAUGUAUCUCCCAGGGAGGACUUGCCCUACAGGCAAUGAUAAAUUAUUAUAUACAGUAG